AUGCCCCCAGGAACACGGAGUCCGCCUGGGCCGGUUGGCAAGCCAAUUAUUGGUAGCAUGCUCGACAUACCAUUUGUUCAUUCCUGGUUCAAGUUCAAAGAAUUAACAGACCAAUAUGGACCUAUUACCAAGAUCACCAUCGCAGGCCAAGAUCACGUCCUUCUAGGCACUGAGCAAGUUGCCCAACGAUCUGCUCCGAGAGCGUGUUUCUUUCACCAUGUCAUGUCCACAAAGGCGGCAGCUGGUUACGCUUCAGAGCUCGAAAUAGAAGCUACUCGAAUGGCGCGUGACCUCAUAAGGGACCCCUCUAAUUAUAAAAACCUUUUCGAGCGUUAUAGUGGUGGCAUCAUUCUCCGUCUUGCGGUUGGUGUUCGUAUUGAAAGAGGCCGAGACCCCAGAUGCCAGAGCUCGCUCAAGGCGUUUCUACCAGAAUUUCUGGGACCAUGGAAGACUGAGCUUAAGGAGCUUCGAAAUGAGCACGAGAUGUUCUUCUGCGACAUGCUGGAUGGAGCGAAAAGGGACAACAGUGGUGGCAAAGGCAUCAAGUCUUGGGCCAAUGUUUGUCUGAGUAACACGGGUCAAUGGAGUCUGGACGACCUUACUGCAGCACACAUGUUUGGCGGCCUUCUCGAAGCAGGCAGCGGUACUUCUAGUUCAUUGCUUAUGUCGUUUUGCUUACUCAUGACGCGUACGGGCCAGCUCAAAAUCCUACAACAGGAAUUGGAUAGAGUUGUAGGUGCAGGACGAGUGCCGACUAUCGCCGACUUACCACAACUUCCAACCGUGCGUGCGUUUGCCAAAGAAGUGCUACGCUUUUAUCCCGUCACCUCUGGUGGAGCACCUCACAUGCUCACCAAGGAUGAUGUCUACAAAGAGUUCUUCUUCAAGGCUGGCACCAUUUCCCACGCGAAUCAGUGGGCGAUUCAUCGUGAUGUAGAGCAAUACCCCGACCCGGAGAGCUUCAACCCACAACGGUGGCUCGACCCCAAAUAUCCAACCUACAGGGAACUUUUGACUCAGUACCCGAACCUCGUCAACUACACUUGCUCCGAGUCCGGCCGUCGAAUCUGUCCUGGACAGCAUAUAGCCGAGCUGAGUGUCUUCCCUGGCAUUGCAAUGAUAGCAUGGGGCUGCAACAUCUCAAAAGCAAAGGAUGACACCGGCCAAGACAUCACGCCUCCAUUUUAUGACUUCAACAUAGGCUUCAACGUUCAGCCAAACAAAUUUCUGUUCAAGUUGUAA